AUGGGAGAUCAUCUUGUGCCAACCGGUGCACAACUCGCACUUGGUGAGGACUCGGAUUUGUUAGGGAAUACGGUGGAAGCAUUCGAGCAUCAAACGCCCGAUCAAUCGAUUAAUGAAGAUGGAGACCCAAACCUGUUUCUCAGUCGAGGAAUCGAACGUUCGUGUAGCCUCGGAUCCGUGGACAAUCGAGAGGGAAAUCAGUGGACAAAUGAUGAAGGUUUAGAU